GACAAUGCAGUACAUAUGGUGUACCCAAAUGCUUUCCAUGGAGCUUGCAUGUUUCACUUACUCAAUAAUUUGAAAGGCAAGUAUGGGAGCCAUGGAGAAGAACUACAAAUGAAAUUCAUUGCAGCAGCAAAAGCAUACACAAAGACAGAAUGUGAAAACUACAUGAAAGGCCUUGAUAGAAUUGAUAGACGCAUUAGGCCCUAUUUAGAAAAAGCCAAGUAUGAAACUUGGGCAAGAUCAUACUCGCCAACAAAAAGAUACACCAUGAUGACAUCCAACAUCGCAGAAUCACUCAACGCUGCACUAAAAGCUGCAAGAAAUCUCCCCAUUGAUAUCUUGGUUGAAUGCCUUAGAAGUUUGGUUCAAAAGUGGGUUUGGAACAACUCAAAUAAUGCAAAUGGAACAUUCACAAAAGUCUCUACAGCAACAGAAAAUGAAUUGAGACAUGACAUUGUUUCAAAAAUGAAGUAUGAGGUCUUGCCUUUCAACACAAUAGAAUACCAAGUUCGUGAUCAAAAGGGGAUAAAUUUCACAGUAAAUAUACAUAAUAGAACAUGCACUUGCAAUAGGUUCCAAGAAGAUGAAAUACCUUGUGGCCAUGCAGUAGCUGUCAUUGCAAAAAGAAACCUGAGUGUGUAUGAUUAUUGUGCAAAAUUCUACAGAACAGAAACGUUGAAAGCAUUGUAUCAAGAAAAUGUUCAUCCUUUGCCCCAUAAAGAUGAAUGGAAUCUCCCACCACACUUGGACAUAAUAGUGCUGCCUCCAAAUGCAACAAUCCCUGCAGGAAGACCAAGAAAGAAACGAAUAAGAUCAAGAGGGGAAAAUAAGGUAAUAAUCACCUGUGGGAAAUGUGCACAACCAGGACAUAACAAGAAGACUUGCAGGAAUCCUCCAUUUCAGAAGCCAAACAAACAGAAAAAGCCAAAGACAUAGAUUCAUAUUCUACAGCAAAACAAACCUUUCAUAGCUUUACUCAUUGAAAGAGAGACUUUCAUAUUCAUCAAGUAUCAUUCAGUAUUUUAAUAAGAUUGUUUCAAAAUAAAACACAUUGAUUGAUUAUGCAAACUUAUAAAAAACUUUCAAACUAAUUUCUUGGAUUUGUUUGCUUCUAUUUUUCAAUGCUACCAUCACUAUAAAUAAACCAUGACAAAAAAAAAAAUGAUCGUACCCAGUUACCAAAAAUUAACUACAAAAACAACGAUAUAGGUAACUGGUUACCCAGAAGUUUCAAUACAAGAUAAAUUACCCCACUAUAACAAUCUAAAAGCCAAAAAAAAAAAAAAAGAAUUAAAACCUUUACUUUCUUCUAUCACAAACUCGUCUAUAUAUAAUGUUAAAGUUACUUUAAUAUUAACUUAAUAAACUGGUUGCAUAACUAUAAAAAAGACAAGCUUAGGGGGGAAAAAAGCACUUAAGUAACCAGUUACCCUCGGUAUAUUAGGAAACAAACAGCCUGAGUACCUAGUUACCCUCAAAUAUCACCAAUAAAAUUAGUUAAACAACCCAACUGGGAACUAGUUUCCCUCAACUGGGAACUACCUGCUUUAAAGUGUUAUUUAUAUAUUAAUAAAUGUAAUUAACAAACAACAAACCAAUGGGGUAAAAAUUAAAAAAAAACAAUUAAGUAACCAGUUACCCUCGAAAUGUUUGCAAAUAAACAACCUGGGUACCUGGUUACCCUCUAAAUCCUUCUUCCAAACACUUACAGGAAAAGAAUUAACAAAACAAUAUACUAAUAUGUAUAUAUAAAAUGACUUUAAGAAUCUCAAUGUUUUACAUAAGAAGAAAAUUAAAAAAGCUAACUGUUAAACUAGAAAUUGAUUCAUCAUUUAAUAACAGUUGUAGACAAAGAUAAAAAACCAAAAGAAAUAUAAUAUCACUAAAAGCCUAUGCAGCAAUUUUCAUUCUUUUCUGUCUCCUCUCCAGAAGCUUCUCAGUGAACUCAUCGCUAGUUAAGUAUCCCUCAAGUUCUUUGUUCUUUCCAUGAUAGUACAAGCUGACAGCAAUGUCUUUGCGAAGGAGACGAACAUCAAUAUUUUUAGGCAUCUCGUUCUCCUUCCCAAGAAUUAUUUGCUUAGCAAAAUAAAUAGAAAACACCCCACAAUCACUGCAUAAUAGAAAAAAGUAAAAAAAAAAACAACAAAGAACAUAUAAACAAAACAGAACACAAAAAAAAAAAAAAAAAAAACUAAAAUCAAAUAAACAAACUAACCAAUCAGUCUGUUGAGGAAUGCCUUUAGCAAUGCUCAACUUCAAAGCCUCAUUCUCUGCCACAUCAUACGGGCUAACAUCAAGAUUAAUAUCCUUACGAACAUAGAAAUCAAUCAUCUCCAAUAGAAGAGGAAUCAAAAUAGCAAAUGCCUCAACGACAGGUAAAGUCUGAUUUUCAUGCUUUGCACCAGACAUUGAAUCAUACACCGUAAGAGAUCUCUGCUGUAUAUUAAAGUGCAACAAAAUCCAGUGCAUAAGACCCUUCACAUUAACAGGCAUGACAACAUCAUCUAGCAAAUUCCAAUGAGUUGCACAAAACAUGGAUUCCCCCUUCAUUAUCUUCAAAGCAACGCAGCUCUCAUCUAUUUUAAACGCACCACUACCUUUUUUCUUAAAAUCUUCAUACAUAAACACUAUGUUUUGCCCAAAACAAGUGUCAGUCGUAGAUACUCUUCUCUUCAAAUCUUUAGACAAUUUAACCUUUCUCCUCAAGUAAUACAUCAUCACAUCAAUAUGUUGCAUAAUAAAAAAAAACAUGAUUAUAAAAUGAUAUGUGUAGAAACAAAUCUACUAUGACAGUCAAUAAAACUUUGUCACACAAGGGUAACUGGUGACCAUCAUCAACACAAAAACCAGUUACCCAAUGAACUACAACAAAGCAAACAGUAAGGUAACUGGUUACCCAAUAACAUCAUAAUAUAUAGCAUAAAUAGAUCACUAGACUUAUUACCUUCUAACAAAAAAAAAAGGAAAAAAAAAACUCCAACAUGAAAAACCAGAUAAAUUAAAAAGGAAGAAUCUCACUGAUGAAUCAACGAAUUGCCCAGAGAAAUAAAGGCUAUGAAACCAAGUCUUCUCAGAAAUAUGAACAAAAGUGAAGUUAAUUGGUGGGUCCACAGAAUUAUCAUCAUAUUUUUUGAACCUAAACAAUACAUAAAAAAACAAAAUAAAAAGGUCAACAAAUUAAUCAUACAUAUUACACAUAUAACAAACUUUAAAACAAAUAAUGGUUGUACAUACUUGUUCCUUUUCUUCAGAUCACGAUUAAUCCAGGAGUCAAACUCAGACAGUUGUUCUUUAGUGUGAUUAUCACCAAGUUCAUUGGAAAAGGGACAAAUAUUAUCCAAUAUCGUCCUCUUUCUUUUUUGUUUCACUCCAACUUCAAAAGAUCCAAAUUUUGUUAAGAAAGGAGAUUUCAUAACAGCGCUCGGCUUCGCUUGCCUUUUCCUUCCCAAAAUCAGUCCAGAAUCAACUGCUUGUGCAUCAUCAUAUAUCACAAUUGACCACUUACUUUUAUCCUCCAAAGAACUACUCUCUUUAAGUGGCCUCUCAACCGAAUCAUUAAUAACGCUCCAUAUUGCAUUAAAGACAUGAAAUGUGGGAGUUCGGGGACUUGAGCAUUCACUUGAGUCAACUUUAAUUGGCUCCUAAAAAAGAAAUAAAAAUAUACAACCAAUACUACAUUACAAACAAAAAAACACGGAGGAAAUAAACCAAUUGCUUAAACAAAAUAAAACGAAAUAAGAUCUUACUUUAACAGUAGAAAAAAAUUGUGAAGCAAUUUGAACAGAAUGCUCCAAAUCAGCCCCCAACUCCUCACCAAUAUCAACAUUUUGGUAACCCCCAGAGGAAUGGCCAUCAGAAAAAUCCUAAAAAUACAAAAACCAGCAAUUUUUAAACAAAAUAGAACCAAAUUAGACAUCAUAAAAGGGAAACACACAACACAACAGAAACCAGUUACCUCCGAAGAAGCCUCAGAAUGCAUAGGAUCUUCAAACUCUCCACCAACAUUAUGAUUACCAGCUGCCAUAGAUGCCUUAAUACCAUCCAACAAAGAUAUAACAGAAGCAAAGGAUGCCUUCAACUCAGAAAUUGCAAUCAAUAUAGACUUCUGGGAAUCUUGAACUUCAACCAAUUUUGAUUGAAUGGCAAUAAGAUCCUGAUGCAUAUCUGAGGAACUAGCAACAUCGUCAUCGGGUGGAUCUGUUGGCAAAAACUUGCUUUCAAAAGACAACCCUCUCAGAAUAGGCAGCCUCAUUUCUUCAGUAGUAGGCAUUAUGACAUUAACAUCAUACUGCAAGAAUCAAUUUUUUUUAAAAAAAACAAACACAAAAAUAACUGUGACAAAGUAACUAGUUACCCAACUAUAAAACAAACAUAAUAAAAAAUAGAAAGAGAACGACAAAAAAACAAAUUGAAAAAAAAAAACAAAAUCAAUACCUCUUCCUCCAACAGAACGUUAUCAACCAAAUACUGAUGUGAGAUACUUCCCCUGCUUGUCCAAUUCAGAAUCCUUGGAAACAAACAAUUAACCCGUCUACACAACGCUUGAGAACAAGAAGGAAUUGUCUCAUAUAUCCAUAUAAGGAAAGCAAUAGGGAAACCACAACACUUAUAACUAUAGUUAUCCAGUGAACCAUCAGCUUUCCUAGGAACACAAUCAUACAUGGCGUUCCUAUCUUUCAAAACUGCCCGCAUCACACACCUAGUUCUUUGCCACAACACUUUCCCAAAAGCAAACUUCUUCAUCUCAGCAAAAUUAGUAUCAACCAUGGCAAAGAAUGAGUUGUCAACACGAGUCUCAGUUUGUGUCCCGAACAAAAAAUUGGCUAACAAAUGAACAAUAGCCAACUUAACGACAACCUCGUCACCUUUCUUCUUCAAGUUUUUAUCAUUAAAUGCACAUGCAACCUCCUCUUUCCUAAGCUUUUCUUCCUUCCUGGGUUUACCUUCGUACAACGGAAAAAGAGAUUUCCUAAGCCCUAAAUCAGCCUCUUUGAACAUCCCAAAGUCAACACUGCCCACACAUUUCAAACCAGUAAUCAGGGCAAACUCACUGAUUGAGAGCCUAACUAAUGUGCCACCCAAGUUAAACCAAAACUCGGAUUCUUCAUUUUUUUGAUAAACCUCCCGAAGCAAAACACUAUGAAAUAACUGUGCCUGAAAUGUAAUAUCAGGCAUAUCCAAAAAGUGACCGAAAGGAGUUCUUCGAAACAUUGCUUUUUGUUUCGAACUUAAAACAGCCUUAAUCUCACUAAUAACAGACGGCUUAUUCCACUGUUGGACUUUACUUCCAAAACGCCUGUCAGGUUUAAUUCUGAAAUGCGCAUCCUAAAAACAAACAUGAGAAUCAAUUACACAUUGAUAACAUAACAGUAAACAGAAUAAAGAAACUAUGAAUAAUAUGAAGGGGGGAAAACAAACAAGGUAACUAGGUACCUAUUAUAAAACAAUAAACAUAAACAACUAACUCGGUACCUAUAAAUCCAACAAAAAAAUAUAAAAAAUAAAAUAAAAAGAAAAGUGGAAAACAUACAGAACAAUGAAAAGUUAACAUUAAACUAAACAAAAUUAUACAAUAAAAUCAACACAAAAGUAACUAGGGACCACAUGAUAACACAUUACAAGACACUAAAACUUAAGAAACAUAAUAAUACGAUUAACCCAUAAAAAGUAAACAGGAACCACAAAAAGAAAAGCAAGGCCAAACACAUAUAAACUAUUAACUUUUAAAAAAAAACACUAAAAAUCAACAACUAACUAGGAACCUAAAAAAGCCAAAAAAAAAUUAUAAAAAAAGAAACAGAAAGGGCAUAACAUAGAUAACAGGGAAACUUAAAACAUUAAAAUAACAACAAAUGAUAAAAGUAAAUCAAUUGAAAAGAAACUAGGGACCACAUGAGAACACAUGACAAAAAAACUAAUCAUAAUAAGCAUAAUCAUACACUUAAACAAUAUCAAAGAAACAAGGGACCACAAACAGAAAACAAUACCUCUAGAAUGCACUUUGAACUUUGUUUUAUAUGUAUGUUUUUCUAGUUACCUAGUUACUUUGAACUUUGUUAAAUGUCGAACUGUGAAUGUAUGAAAUCAGUAGUAUACAUCAAGGAGUAUGAGCAAGUUUUAUCAUUAUUUAAUUGACAUAACCACACACAAACACACAUUUAGAUAUAUAUAUAUAUAUAUAAACAUGCUCUAAACUUGAAGAUACAGCAAGCCAGAGCAAGUUUCAUCAUAAUCUGAUAUCAAUAUGAAGGCAUAUGAUAUUAAUCAUAUAUGUGGGAAUUACAUAUAUCAUAUAAGAUUUCCCUCAAGAGAAAAAUGCAGCAAAAAGGAAAAACAUACAUAUACAAAUCGAAUAAAAAAAAAUCAAGGUAACUAGGUACCUUAACUCUACUCUGACGAUCUUUCUUUGUCCCAGCAGCAGUUCUCUUGAUCCUUGAAGAAUCCUUAACUUGAGGGGAAGAACGCAAACCGCCAUCAACACUUGUUGAUGAAGAACCAACAUUACCUCCCUUAAAAACAUAAAUACAAAUAAUGAAAAUAUGAACAGUGGAAACAACAUACAAAUAAAUAUACGAUUCCAACUCAAAUAAACAAAAAUCAAACUAACAACCAAACCAAAACACUGAAAGAAACAAUAUACCUUAACGUUAGGUCCUGCAUUGUCGGUAGGAACCGUCGGAGUCCGAGGAGAACGGCGCAUACCGACGGCGUUCAAGACCGUUAGCCAAAAUUUCUGAAACUUCAAGUCGACCAAACUCCUAAUCAACAAGUCCGAUGACCGAAAACAAAUCCGAUCACCCCAAAAUACUCAUCAACAAACCCGAUCACCAAACCGAAACCGCAUGCAAGAACACUCGGGAAACAAAAGGAAAAAAAACUGAAUGGAAAAGGUAAAGUAAAAGUAAAUUGCCUUUGUAAAAUUUUAAAAAAUUACAUAAAAUAAAAUUACAUAACUACCCCUGGAUUUAAA